UACUCCAGAAUAGCGCGCGGCGGAGGAGCAGCCACACGGAACCGUUUAGCAGCAUUUCCCUGGAUCCUCUCGCCAAUGCGUGUUUGUUUAUGCGGGGUUUGUUUGGUCCGGAUUAAGCGUGCUGGGGGAAGAUAUGCGGCGGUAUGUCGGCGCUAAAGGAGAACCAGUGUUACGGACUGUCCAGCGGUAAACUGAGCCUCGGCGGUAACGUCUCUGUUUUUCAUGUUAAACUCACUGACAGCGCGGCAAGAGCCAUUGGCUCCUUUCAAAAUGGAAAGGGUUGGCCUUCCCAUCCCACCAUCUGUUUUAACGGGAAUCAAGGGAGGAUCUCCAUCCCUUGCUCGGAGGACAGAAACGAUUCGAGGACAUUCACCUUCGGCGUGACUAACGUCGCCCGGGACAAUCCAAAUGGGAGCUUCGACUGCGUGCAGCAGCUCAGCGCUGGUUGUGCAGAGGAGCUGUCAUGUGUAGGGGUGAUUCAGAAGAAGAUGACGGUCAAAGCCACGGAUGACUCGUACGAUAAGGCCCGUCAGAGCAUGGCGCAAGUCGAAGAGGAGACGCGCAGCCGAGGGACCAUUGUCAUCAAGCAGAGCGGGCCCUAUCGGGGCAAGAAGGUGACUGUGCGAGCCCCGGCGCCAGCACUGGCCAGCUUGGCAAAGCCCCGACCGCCAGCCGCCCACCCUCUGGUCAGCAACAUCAGGAAGGGACUCGGCAUGUCCAAGCUGAAGAAGAGCGCCUGCGCCUCUAACAAGAAGAGCGUGGCUGCAAUGCAGGGGAGGGCUCUCAGGGAGAGAAUAACACACCUGCUGGCGCUGAGGCCGUACAGGAGGCCUGAGCUGAUCCUGAGGCUGCAGAACGAUGGACUGACAGCAGGAGACAAAGACAAGCUGGACUUACUACUGAUGGAGGUUGGCCAGCUUAACAGCCGAGACAACACGUUUGGUUUAAAGGACGGCCUCUAUAAGGAUCUGCAGAAGGACUGGCCAGGCUACACCUCCGGAGAUCAGCAACUUCUCAAACGCAUUCUUGUCAGGAGACUGUUUCCACCUCAGCGGAGCCUCCUCACCGUCCCUGAAGCCCAGGUCAGUCCACUUCGAGACACCCCCAACUCCUCUCCAGCCCACCGUCCAAAACCUUCCCUGCCUGAGGAAUACACUGACCCUCUGCUGAGUAAGAAGCCCAGGAUAUCUCACCUGUCGAGUAAAACAUCCAGCGACAGGACACAGGUGACGACGUCCAGACAGGCGGCUCAUAAAGACGUCACAGAGGCGACAGGGAACGACAAGCAGAGGAACUCGCUCGACCCACGGAAGCUUUUCGACUCCCUGUCAGCGGUCUGUCAGCAGGAAGCAGAAGUGGCCAAGAGGCUUAAACCGACUCCUCCUUGUGCUCAGGAGGAGCCCAACAGCACGGCAAAAGACCGUCCUAAACCCAGUCCGGAUCCUCCGUCCCCUCUGGCUGUGCCCAAACAGGACCGACACACAAGCAAAAGGAAGAAGAGCAAACACAAACACAAAGAUCAGGAGAAAGACAGAAGGAGAGAGAGGAAAGAAAGGAAGAAGGAACAUCAUUUGGAGGAUUCUGCACUUGUGGACUUCACAGAGCCUAGUGACAUUUUGUUUGACUCUAAUCUGCUUCAAGUGAACAAAGACCCCCCCGACUAUCUAUCGAUGUAUACGGGGAUUCACAGUCAUGACAAGAGGCAGCACUACAAGCUGGACUUCAACAGGGAGUACAGCGAGUACAGAGAUUUACAUGCUCGUAUUGACCGGGUGACGCGGCAGUUCAUGGAGCUGGACACACAGCUGAAGCAGCUUCACCAUGAAUCCCAUAAAUACAAGACGGUUCAUGAUCAAAUACUUAAAGAGUAUCGCAAAAUUAAAAAGUCCAACCCCAACUUCAACCAGGACAAGAUUCACUGUGAAUAUCUUCACAACAAACUUGCACACAUCAAGAAGCUCAUAUCGGAGUACGACCAUCAGCAGCUCAGUGUGGACGACUCGAGGCUAAACUGAAUAUCUUCACUGUGCAGGGGAGCUUCAUGCUGCUGAAAUGAAAUCCACUCAGCUGGAAUCUGUGGUCUUUGUUUCACACGAGCUAUCGGAUAGGUCACUUAGGUCGGGAAGUGUUUGUAAGAAGCAGCAGUGUUACACUUGGAAAAACAAGCCCUUUAAUAUAAGAUCUUUUUUAGACAAUGGGAAAUUUAAGAAGGAAUGGUUUGGUUUGCCGAUAGGCUGCUACUCGAGUGACUUUAUAUUGCCAAGGAAGCAAGGAGUAACUAAAGUUUUAUAAAGAAUUUAAAGCUUAAACUCACUCUUUAAAAAUGCAAACACAUACUCUGUAUGUGGAGAUGAGGUGCUAAGCUUAAAAGACACAUGUAGAUUCCCAUCCUAUCACACAUCUUUUGUGAAUUCAUCAAUCUGGGUGUUUGCUUCUGUUCUGUUAGCCAUACCAGUGUUUAUUCAGGUAGCAUGAGAUGACUGCACGCUGUACAGAAACCUUGUGUGAAUAGAGGGUACGAGUUCUGAUGUUCACAUCCUGAGAAGAAGUGUUUUUUUGGGGGGUUUGGUGCGCUAAGAAAUGUCGCCAAAAUUCAAGCCAAAUCUGCUCUGUGUUGACUUCUGAUUACAAGAGCCUGAAACAGUAUUCCACUAAUGUUGCCUUGAGCGCAGAAGACUGUUACGUUGAACAUGAAAUGCUAUCUUGAAGUUGUAUUCAGGGAAUUUACACUAUGAGUUGCAGUAGAAGAUUAAAUGUUCUGAGGUUCAAAGAAAUUAAAGUUAUGGACUUACUGUUUUUAUAAGUUGAGGGGCUGGGGGAAAAAAGAUCAAUAUAAAGAAUUUAUUGCACGCCGUGUACUGUUCAGAAUGCAUGCGGAGUAAAUCAGUUUGAUGUCAGUUUCAAAUAAAUUCAUAUGUGUU